AUGAUAAAUAAUACACCAAAUAUAUUGAAACAACACCAGGAUGCUGCAAAAGCUCGGUUAAUGGAACAACAGGCAAGAAUAAAAGAACAGAUGGAUGCUAAAAGAAGAAAUGAAAAACAAAUGAUAGAAUUAUUGAAAUCUCAGCAAAUCGAAGAGAUGAAAAAAAACGAAUUAAGUAAAAAGUCACCAGUAUAUGUUGUACAGGAAAGAGUACCAAAAAACGAAACAAUAACUAUAAUAGAGGAAAAAAAAAUAACUAUGGAAAUCCCUAAAAAACGAGAAGUAAUUUUAAAAGAAGCACAGGAAAUGUAUAAUAAACAACGACAAGAAGUUAUUAAGAAAUCAAGUAUGGAAGAGGUAAAGAAAAAUAAUAAUAUAAAUGUUAAUAAAAAUAUCGAAACCAAAAGUUCAAUAAAAAUGACUCAGAAUACCCAACAAAAUAAUACAUGGGAUCAGAUAAAAGAAAGAAUUAAAAAGGAACAUGAAGAGAAAUUAAAACAAGAGAUGGAGAAAAAAAGACAAGAACAAUUAAAAGCUGAAAUGGAAGCUAAAAAAAGAAUGGAAGAAGAGAAGGCAAAAAAAGAGGCUGAAAUAAGAGCUCAAAAAGAACUUCAACGACAAAUGGAAUUAAAAAAGAAGGAGGAAGAAAGAUUAAGGCAAUUAAAUCUUCAAAAGGAAAAAGAGGAACAACGACGAAGACAAUGGAAACAACAUCAAGAAAAUGUUAAAAAAGAAAAAAAAGUUAGCCAGGAAGAAACACCAACAAAAUCAAUACAAACUUUAGGAAAACCAACAGUUAUUGCUCCAACUUCCUCAUCAAAUAAUUCUUCAAAUGAAUCAAAAAAUAUUACACAACAGCCUUUUAAAACAACAGUUACUCAGCAACUUAUACAACAAAAAUUAACACCUCAAACAAAAGAAAUAAACAAACCAAUUAAAACUUCUAAUCAGCCCUCAAUAAGUGUUAUCAACAAACUGCAGACCAAUGAAAAUGCAGAUAUAAUCAAAAAACAGACAUUUGAUCAAAAGAAUGUUAAAGUAACUGAUACAAAUAAAAGCUCUGCCUCUAAUAAUUCUAUAAGAUCUAUCAUUAAGUUAUACCCUUUCUCACAAUUAAUAAAUAUUAUGCCGCCAAUACAAUUACCUCAUGGAGAUGAGAAUUCUCAUCACACUGUAAAAGAUGAUAAUUCAUGGCAAGUACAACAUAGAGUUAUUCCUGAAUAUGAAAUUCCAUCACCAAAAAAGAUGGAAAUUCCAGAAUUAAAAGGAUCAGUUGUUAUUAAACCAACUGUUAUUCCACCACAAGUAAUUGAAUCAACAAGAAUUCAAUGGAAUGAAUUUCCUGAAGAUCCACAAUAUGAAAUUGAACAUGGACAAAAGGUUAAAACUCAAGAAUGGGUUCCAGUUAAUGAUGAAGAAAAAAUUGUUCCAAAAGCUUCUUACAAACCAUCAAGAAUUAAUCGAGUCUGGCCACCACCAGAAAUGGAGAGAGAAAUUAAUAAUGAAGGUGUUUUAAAAGUUAAAACUUCCGAUGAUACUGCUUGGAUUCAAAAUCAAAAUGAAUCACUUGAAAGUUACCCAGUAUGGCAACAAAAAACUGGUGCUGGUUCAUUGAAAUCAAGAGCCUGGCCACCACAAGAGCAGGAUAUGCUUAAAAGUGGAUAUUCUGGGCCAAAUCAAAUGGGACCAAUACAAUGGCCACCACCAGAAUUUGAAGAACAUGAACAAGAAAUUGUUGAAGUCAUUCAAACUCAUUUACCAGUUAAUAAACAUCAACGACAAUGGCCACCAGAGCCACCAAAGAUGGUUCCAGCUGGAACAAUACAAAAUGAAUAA